AUGCCUUAUGUAAUGUAUGUGUUCAAUAAUGAAAUGUGUUUGCAAAAAGGAGCAGAUGCUGCCCAACAAAGGAGAGAUCAAUUGGCGCUAUCUCAAAUUCAUCAAGGAGUAGAUUAUACGGUGUUUGGCAAAAUAGCAAAUGCCAAAAGUGCAAAGGAAGCAUGGAACACGUUGAAGCUGUCAUACAAAGGCGUAGAUAAAGCUCAGAAAGCAAAGCUACAGUAUUUAAGAAGAGAAUAUGAAAGGUACGAGAUGUCUAGCUCAGAAACCGUUGAGCAAUAUUUUACUCGUGUUACAGAUCUUGUCAAUAAGAUGAGAGUCUAUGGAGAAGAUAUGCCCGAUAGCAAAGUGGUGGAGAAAAUUCUUCGCACCAUGCCGAUGAAGUAUGACCAUGUGGUGACUACGAUACUAGAGUCUCACGAUAUGGAUACUAUGACGAUUGCAGAGUUGCAAGGAACCAUGGAAAGCCACAUCAGUAGAAUACUGGAGAAGUCAGAAAAAUCAACCGAGGAAGCUCUGAAAAGUCGAGUGAAUUUCAACAACGUUGCAGAAUCAAGCCGUACACAAGAAGGACGAGGUCGUGGUUUUAAUUUUCAUAGUAGAGGCAGAGGAAGUUUUAGAGGUAGAGGUCGUGGCAAUUACAACCAAGGAAGUUACAAUAACUUUACACCACCUAAUCAAGGAAGAGGUGGAACAAAUUUCAGGCCUGUCAAUCGAGGAAGAGGUAAUCAUAUGUCUGGUAGAAAUGAGUUAUUUUCUUCAAUAGAUGAUUCAGUUAAACUAUUAUUGAAGUUUGGUAAUAGUACAAAGAUCCCUAUUGAAGGAAAAUGGCAUAUACCAAUUAGAUUGAAGGAUGGUUCUCUGAAUUAUAUUUCUGAUGUUUUCUAUGCUCCUGAAUUUGAUUACAAUUUACUGAGUAUGGGGUAA